AUGGCCGGUUCUAGUACGUCUGCAUUUCUCUCCCAGAUAAACGACGAAUUUCUGAAAUGUCCAGUUUGUUUCGAUCACUGCGAGAAACCCAAAGUGUUACCAUGUCUACACUCAUUCUGUAUGAAAUGCCUGGAAAAACUGGUGAAAGACGGGAGUAAGACUGUCGAGUGUCCAAAAUGCAGACAAGAAGAGAUACUUCCGGAAAACGGAAUUCAUGGUCUGCAAGAUAAUUUUUUCAUAUCCGAUCUAGCCGAAUCCAUGUCAACUUGGAAGAGUGUGGAGGAUGAGAACAACCAGCCAGUCUGUUCUGGGUGUUGUUCCAGAGACGCCGCAAAUUCUCGGUGUUUAACAUGCCUGGAUUUUCUAUGUGACAACUGUGUGGCACUUCAUAAACAACUCCGAGUGUUCCGUAAUCAUAUGGUUGUGACAUUGGAACAGAUCCGUGCUGGUGAGCAUGUUGAUUCGCUGCGAGUUAAGCUGGAACCCCUCAAGUGCGAGCUACAUGAGGGAGAAAUAUUACGCUUCUACUGUUCCAAGUGUGAGGUGCCAAUCUGCCGUGAUUGUACUGUCCUGGAUCACCCGAAACCAGACCACCCAUUCAUCAAUCUCAAGGACGCUGUUGAAAAGCAUCGUAGUGAUCUCAAAGCAUUACUAGGGUCAACAAGUACGAAAGUGAAAGCAUUCGAUGAAGCUUUGGUGAAAGUAGAGAAGGCUGUCAACCAUCUUGCUGAAAAUCGUCAGAAAAGCAAGGAGGAUAUUGAAAGAAUAGCAGCUGAAAUCAAAGAGAAAAUAGACAAUAACCAAGCCGAAUUGCUACGCCAACUCGAAGACAGUGCCAACAUUAAAGACAAACAAUUACAAGCAAUCGGCGACCAUCUUCAGAUGGAAUUGUGUAAAAUGAACAGUGCAUGUGAGUUAGCCGAGAAUAUAUUGGAAGUCGGUACUGAGUGGGAAGUAGUGUCAUUACACAAGCAACUUGCAAGUCGGAUGCAAGAAUUGGAAAGGACUCCCCUAGCUGAUCAAGACAACGAGCUAAAAGUUUUAGGGCACGUGGCUUUAGUACAUAACGUCAUUAGCGCAUCUGAAAAUAUGAUUGGAAAAAUAGAUGUGGAUAACCUUUUUACUACUAUUUCCUGA